UUCAUCAGGUGGAUCGAGCUCGUGACAGGCUCAGUCGCGCGCAGUAGGUGCGCACGGCGCGCGCGUUUUUUCAAUUCAUAUAAAAAAAAGACGUAAGAAUAGUUAUACGCGAAAAAAAUUCCGUGUCGAUCUCGUUGAUGACAGUGUAAUAAUGUAAUGAAGCAAACAAGAAGUACGACAGAAAUAUAAAAAGAACUUAUUAAGUGAUAAAAAAAAGACUGAAAUUAUACAAACAAAAAAAUGUCGAAAUUAAUGAUAUGGAAACAAGAAGCGCCAGCGAACUGCUACACAUGCUGCACAGCGGCCAUCAAGGAAGGAAACGCAACCGCGGAAUCAUUCGGAAGGUCCUGGCAUAGAAGGCUGUCACCUUUGAUCUGGCGGGUGCCGAUAUGUGUUUGGGCGUUAGUCAUAAUCUGCUGGUCAACAAUAUGCUUCUGGGGACCGCGGGAGAAAUUCCUAUUAUAUAUGACACACUGGGGUCUCGUUAUGAUCCUCGUUGAAUCUGUAUUCGGCAUCCUAGUGGCUGUGAAAACGAUGCGCGGUCACUUAGCAGAUCCUUCCCGAGGCCUGCCGUGGUACGUGAAGAUGUACUGGGUUCUGUACAACAUCACGGUGCCUCUUGCUUUUCUCAUUACGCUCUUCUACUGGGCCAUACUGAGAGCACCUGGAAGGAAGAUGAACUACGCUCCAAACCCUAUCCUGGACGUGAUGCUGCACGGAGUCAACUCUGGUCUAAUGUUCGUGGAGCUGGUGAUGUCAAUUCAACCCAGCCGCUUGGUGAACAUCAUGCAGCCGCUCUACUUCUCGGGGGUGUACUUAUUGUUCACAAUGAUUUACUACGCCGCCGGCGGGCUUGACCCAUGGGGCAACGCUUUCAUAUAUCCAGUGAUAGACUGGUCGAAGCCAGUUCAGACGCUAGUGGUGGUGACGCUGACGGCUCUGUUCCUGGGCCUGAUGCACAUCCUCGCCGUAGUUGUAGCCUCCAUCCGCGACUUCAUCAUACGAAAAUUUGAUAAAGACAAAAGCGGAGAGUACAACGAUGGUUUCGAAGCCUGACUGAUAUUUUUACAAUAUACUAGGAUUGUAAUAAAAUAUAAUACAAAUAUCAGUAUAUACAUAUUUACUCUAUAUUAACCUUAUUGUUAUGUUUCUCGAAAUGGUUAAAUCCUGCUGUGAUAUUGAUUUCUUUUUUUUUUUGUGUUUUCGUCCAUACUUUUAGUGAUAAUUCAGUUAUAUGAAGUUAUUCAUCUCAUCAUGACUAUAUAAGUUCGUAAACCUAUAAACUUAACUGUGUCAUAGCAAAUACAUUCUUUAUUAUUGAAAAAUCAGUCUCCGAAUGUAUUCAGUCACCUCAAUCACAAACCAUAUCGAUACUAUUGAACUAAAUGCACUUUUCCAGUUACACAGAUUUAUUUUUCAAACGAAAAUAUAUAUGUCAUUAAGUUCAAAGGACAUUAGUUUUGUCACCAAUCACACUUUCAAUGUAAGAAUUCUUAGUUAAGUAGAAUGUUUUUAUGUCUAGAUAUAUAAAUGUAAAUGAAAUUAAAUAUACUAUUAUUAUUUAA